AUGAGAUUAUCAUCUUCAAAUAAUAAUCUUUGCAGUGCUAAAAACGCAUUCGUUAGUUCUUCCGAAGACGACGACGAUGACGAUGAAGAUGGCGACGAAGAAGAUGAGGAGGACGAAAGGAUGAUUGAAUGGAACCCUCUCAACAUGCCUGCUGAUUACUGGCAGAUACAAAAACUCAUGAAGUACCUUAAGAACGGCAACCAAACGUCUACAUUAAUUGCACUCUGUUCACUUCUUGAUUUUGACCUGACGAAUGAGAAAAACCAAAUGGCAAUUAAGGAAGAUGGAGGAGUUGAGAUGAUCGUCAAUCUUCUGGAAACCGAAGAUCCUAAAUGCAGGAUCGGAGCCCUAAAAAUUUUAAAAGAACUCUGCUACAAGAAUCAAACACUUCGGAAAAAACUUUCCGACUACGGAGCUAUCAAAAUGUUGGUCAAGUUGCUCUUUGACCCGGACUGGUUGACCCGUAGCUUAGCUGCCGAAACGCUGGCCAGAGUAGCCACGUUUCAAAGGGCCAAGAGAGCUGUGAGGAAAGAAGGGGGAAUAAGUAAACUGGUUGCUACAAAACCAUUCAACCAAUCAUCUUCCUCGCUUAACGUUAAUCAGACAACGUCUUCAACCAAUCAAAUAAUUGCGGAAGCAAAAUCAGCCUCAUUGGCUCUCUGGACUCUUAGCAGCGGAAGUAGAAAAAACCGGAAGUUGAUGUGGGACGAAAAGAUAAUGACGUCAUUGGUGGAAUGGAUGAAAUGGUAUGAAAAAGAUGAAUUGCUAGUUGGUCUUGUUGGCGUUUUGAAAGAAUGCACCAGAGAAUCCUAUUUCCGGAAAUGCAUGAAGGACGAAGGAUUGCUGGAGCACGUCAUCUUCCACCUCAUCCAUACGAAAAACUCCCAGUUGCAGAUGCUCUGUGCCAGCACAAUUGAGAAGUGCGCCGUAGACGAUGAAUCUAGAGACCUGAUCAGGGCUUACGGGGGCCUCACCCCUCUUGUUGAAAUCGUAGCAGACGAGGGUAGCUUCCAGAAAUCUUUGGUGGCGGCCACAGGUGCGAUUUGGAAAUGUUCCCCCAAUCAAAUAAACACCGUGAGGUUUCAAGAGUUGAAGACCGUUGAUGUCUUGGUCAACUUGCUGAUGGUCAAGAGCCAACCUGACGAGGUGGUGGUAAACGUGGCGGGAGCCUUAUCAGAGCUAGCGAGAGAUUCGCAGUGCAGAUCAACUCUAAGAAAGAACAAUGGAAUUCCUAUGUUAAUCUCGCUUCUGACGGGCACCAACCACCACAUUCUUACGAAUGCUGCUGUCGCUGUCGGUCGCUGCGCUGAAGACAGCGAUUGUAUGAACAUCAUAGACAAAUUAGAUGGUGUGAGGUUGUUGUGGUCGCUUCUGAAGAACAGCAACAUCAACGUUCAGGUGGCAGCCACGUGGGCGCUGUGCCCUUGCGUCAGAAAUGUCAAGGAUCCAGGCGAGAUAGUGAGAAGUUUUGUUGGAGGGCUCGAGUUGUUGGUGGAGCAUUUGACAUCCAACUGUGUUCCAUUGUUACAGGCAAUCAGUGCGUGUAUCAGUGAGAUAGCCACAGAUCAAGAGAGUCUGGCCGUUAUGACUGACCACGGGGUGGUCAGCAGGCUCUCGAGACUUUUGGCCACUAAUGAUUUAGAAUUGAGGCAUAGACUGGCAGAGGCCAUUGCGAGAUGUUGCAACUGGAAUGUGAAUAGACUAUUAUUCAACAACGAAAAUGCAGUCAGACCGCUGGUCCAUUACCUGAACCUUACAGCAACGAUUAAAAAUAUUCGCAGAUCAACAACUUCCGCCCUGUACGAGCUGUCGAAAGUUCCUGAAAACUGUGUCGACAUGCACGGAGCAGGGGUCGUCAAGCCAUUGGUUGACUUAGUCGGCAGUGAUGACAUCGAGACACAAGAAGCAGCUGCUAGCUGCUUGCUUAACAUCCGCAGAUUAGCUUUGGCCAAUGAGAGAGCAAGGAUGAAGAAAUGA